AUGAAAGCCUUGUUGCCGCCGGCUGCAGCUUUGGCUUCUGCAAAGCCAGUGAAGAGGAAGGGCCCAAGGCGAUUCAAAAAGGGACUCAAAGUCAACCAUGACCAUCAGAAAGAAGAGCGCUUCUUGCCUCCAGGGCGAAUGAAGGAUUACCAUCAAAUGAUGUUGGUGCAAUAUCCAGAGGAAUACGCAAAGAAGCCAUCGUUUGCCACUUUCUACCGAGCUUGGGUGACUGAAUAUCCAUUCAUGCGUUUUCGCACAAAGCGGCAGCAUUUGGAGUGCUCCACAUGCCAAAGGCAUCGCAUUCUACUGCGAAGCUUCGCUCAGAACCUUUUCGCACGCCGUGAACAGAGUGCCCACUUUGAUGCGCACUUACGCGCCCAGUACCGCGACCGCGCAUCGUACUGGGCGAUACGCUCCAGUGGCCGUCUACACACACCAAAUUUGGUGUGUAUAAUCGAUGGCAUGGAUCAAGCCAAAUUCGGAUAUCCUCGGUCCCCUGUCAUGGGAGGCAAGCAGUGGGCCAAUUUCUCUAGGCCUCGGGCACAUAUCUGCGCAGUGAAGAUUCACGGCUAUGGAGUAUUUUUCUCAAUCUCAAGAGGUGACGCUGCCAAAGAUUCCAAUCACACGUGUGAACUAUUGGCUCGGGUGAUCACGCUUGUCCAGCAGCGCUUCAACCUUGACCUGGCCAGAACACACCUGCACAUACAAUCGGACAAUUGUGUUCGAGAGACAAAGAACAACACGGUGGCAAGAUUCCUAUCAUCGCAAACCGCGCGAGGAGUUUUUGCCUCGUGUGUAUUGGCCUGUCUAAGGACAGGCCAUUCACACGAGGAUAUUGACCAAUGCUUCGGGCGGUUGGCUUCAUGGAUGCACAAAAGACCAUUUGCCUUACGGCCUCAGGACUUUGUUCCCCUGAUCAAUGACUUCUUGCAGGAAAGUUCCUUUCCAUUUGAGCCCUAUCGGCUGGCUUUUGAGUUGAAUCGAGUCCGUGAUUGGACUCUGGGGCUAAACUUGGUAACUUUUUUCUUGGUGUACCGCCAAAUGGUUUGUAGCACGUCAUGUUGA